CAACAAUAAACAGCUACUAUCUCCCACAAAACAGAGUAAAACCACCCAAUAUCCCUCUCACCAUCUAAAACUAACUGCAAAUAAAUAUGUUUUUGAUAAGCAAAACAACUGUAAAUAAUAUGUAUAUAUCCAAAUAUAUUUUCACUUGAUCUCCCCAACCCAUCAUGUAAAAUCUUCAACCCUGUUAAUGUAAAAUAAACUCCUCCCCUCUCCCCUCACAUCCUCCAAUCCUUUCUUGACCUCUUCUCUCGACCCCUAUUCGACUCUCUGUCUAUCACCAUGAGUCUCAAUUGCUUGACAUGCCAAAGCCUGCAAAGGGUAGACUCAGAGAGAGAUUGCAGCAAGAAUUACCAACAAGACAAGUCGAAUUUAAGUCUGUGUUGGUCGAAGGUUGAGAGAAGCUGGUCCGGCAACUUGGGGACCCCAAGGCCUUAUAACAAGAUGAGGAAUGAGUCCUCCGGCUUUGUGGGGACGACGAAGAGGGUCAAGAAGGGCCAUCACCGCGUGCAUACUAGCGCGUCUCUGCAGUUUGAGAGCAGCACGCCGAGGCUGGUGAGGAGCUGUGGGAUGAGAAGGGAUUGGAGCUUUGAGGAUUUGAUGCAGAGAAGGGAUGGGGAAGUAUAAGAACUUAAAAAGUGGGAGAGAGGAUAUAUAUGUUGAGACAAUGCCAUUUGCUUACAUUUUUUUUUUUGAUUUUCUUGUGUUGUCCCAAAAUGAAUUUACAGAUGUAUAUUUUGGUUGAAGUUUGAUCCAUGGUUUCUGAUUGUAAACAUGGAUUAUAUAUAUAUACAUGCCUUCCUUGUGUAAGUA